AUGGCACGCCUUUUCGGAGGCGACUCUGACUUCUGGACGGAGGAUGACAGCAGCGAGCAGUCUUCAGAUGAGGGAGAAGGGUGUCUUGCUCAGCAGGGUUCUACGGCUUACCCUGCAGGCUGCGAAGCCUCGAGCUGCAACGGGGCCCCCCCCCCUGUCGAUGCGCUGCUUCCCCCGCUAGCCUCGUUCAUUCCGGCCCCCCUUGCCGUCCCUCCGGUGUCUCUGGAGACACUCGAGGAGCUGAAGCUGCUGGGGAGUGAAGCCUCAAGCGGCACAGUAGCGCAUGCGCAAGGGCACCAACAGCAGCCCCCGUCUUCGCCUCAGGGGCAGCGGCCGCUCGACUCCCGACAGACAGCGACAGCGCCAUGGGGCGGUGCGGCAGAUGGAGGUGAAAGCUUGAAUUUUUUCCCACAACAUCAACAACAAGAGCAGCAGCAACAACAACUACAGCAACAACAUCAGGAGCAGCAGCAGCACCAACAACAACCGCUUCUGUUGCCUUUGGAUUUGCUGUGUGAUGAUGGCGAUGGCCACCCGAGGCCUCCCCAAUUUCGCAUCACUUUCGAGCUGCUCGAGGAAAUUCCUCUCAACCUAAAUCCGAACGCAGCUCCUCCACCUGUCCCUAAGGCGGGUGCAGCUGCUGCAGCUGCUGCAGCUGCUGCUGAGAGGGGCCCCUCGUCAACAGCAACAGCAGCAGCACCAGCAACAACAGAAGAAGAGGAAAAUCCCCAGCGGUCAAAGCUUAGGGCAAUCCGAAAAAAGUGGUGUAUAGACGAUGCUACUGACGUGUCGCACUUCAGACGCAUGCUUCGCGAAAUUCGGAAAGAGAGGGCUGCUGCCGUUGCUGCCGCAGCAGCAGCUCGACAGCAGCAGCAGCAGCAGCAGCUAGCUGGAGACAUCCCUGGCAGCAGCAAUACACUGGAAAAUCUCAUAAGGGCACCUAUUGCACCCCCUCCAGAUGCAGCAACAGCUGCUGCGUUGACUAGGCCUAUUGGUGAUGCUACUUUGCCUGCUGCAAGCCUUGCAGCUGCAGCUGCUGCUCCCUCAGUCCUUGUUGACAAAAGCGACGCUGAUCUCUCCCCCGAAGAGGAACCACUAGCCAUCGAGUUUGCUUUUUCGCUAGAUGAAUUCCAAAAGAGAGCUAUCUUACGCUUAGAAAAAAAUCAAUGCGUUUUCGUUGCGGCCCACACCAGUGCAGGCAAGACUGUUGUUGCCGAGUAUGCGAUUGCUCUGGCCCUCCAACGCAGAAGGCGUUGCGUUUUUUUGUCGCCUCUCAAGGCCUUGUCCAAUCAGAAGUAUCGAGAAUUCAAGCAAAAGUUCAUAUCCGUGGGGCUUAUAACGGGAGACAUUUGUAUCAACCCAGGGGCCGCCUGCCUCAUUGUGACAACGGAAAUUCUCAGAAGUCUUCUCUUCAGAGGCGAUGAGAUCAUUAGCCAGCUUGACACUGCAAUUUUUGAUGAAGCACACUACGCCAACGACGCUGAACGCGGCGUUGUAUGGGAAGAAACUCUCAUUCUUCUGCCUCAGCACGAAUGCUUGAAGCGGCUUAACCCCGCGGAUCGGGAGCUUCGGCAGAUCGACUUCGUUUUGCGUCUUGCAGAGCGUGGCAUUGGCGUGCAUCACGGUGGCCUCUUGCCUAUUAUCAAAGAGAUGGUAGAAAUACUCUUUCAGAGAGGCUUGGUGCGCGUCCUUUUCGCCACUGAGACUCUCGCUGUUGGUCUAAAUAUGCCUGCGAGGACUGUCGUGUUCACCGACAUACGCAAGCACGAUGGGGAGAAGAUGCGGCCUCUUCACGCCUCAGAAUACACUCAGGUAUACGACGAACGAGGGCAAUGCUCGCUAAGAGCUGUGGCAGCGUGCAGCAGUUCGGGUAUUUCUUGA